GUGUCCCUGCUGCUCUGUUUAAAUGCCACAGAGUCCCACUGUCAAAACAGAGUGAGGGGCGCCACAAUAUGAUGGACCUUUUUGAGACCAACACUUAUCUUUUCAAUGAUUUGCGCUACUUGGAAGAAGGGGAUCAUGGACCACUACAACACCUGGACAUGGCAGGAGUGUCCCCGCUUUACAACGGCAACGACAGCCCGCUGAAUGAGGAUAAUAUUCCAUCUGAGACUGGAGGGGAGAGCAGCGGGGAGGAGCACGUCUUAGCACCCCCGGGUCUCCGCUCACACUGCGAAGGCCAGUGCCUCAUGUGGGCCUGCAAGAUCUGCAAGAGGAAGUCUGCUCCUACAGACAGACGCAAGGCGGCCACGCUGAGAGAGAGGAGGAGGCUGAAGAAGAUCAACGAGGCCUUCGAGGCGCUCAAGAGGAAGACGGUGGCCAACCCAAACCAGAGGCUACCCAAGGUGGAGAUUUUACGCAGCGCCAUCAGCUACAUCGAGAGGCUGCAGGAGCUGCUGCAGACUCUGGACGAGCAGGAGAAGACGCAGAACGGAUCAUCACACGGCUUUGACGCCAAAGAGCACAGUGUGUCAGGUCAUGACUACCACUGGAAAAAGUCCUCCGAUUGCUGGCCGACCUCUGCUGAUCAUUCCAGUGCAGCCAUGAUUAACCACAGAGAAGUAAACACAGAGUCUACUGGAUCCUCGAGCCUCCUGCGCCUGUCGUCCAUCGUGGACAGCAUCACCACGGAGGAGAAAGUCAUCGUCAGCGAGGAAGUCUCAGAAAACUGAACAUCAGCAGUAACGACCUCGACUUAGUUCAUAGAGUUUAAAGUUCCAUUGUUACCUUUAGAAGUAUUUCCACUAUCUUUAGCCACUUGUCUCCAUUUGUACAGCAGGAACAACACAUUUGUACAUAUUUUAUAAGAAUGUGAUGUUUAGAUUUAUUUAUUUUGUAUUCAGAAACACAUCAACUCUUUGAGAAAGCUGACAUUGUAUUUAAAUAUUUGUACAUAACUGACCAAGGGAAUAAAAUAGCUACUUUUGCAAAGCUGUAA